UCUCAUCCUCGCACGGUAAAAAUGCAGUGCAGGAGAGGGCUGCAGCCCCGGCGGUCCCAAUAUCGUUAUAUUACCAAGGGGUAGGGGGAAGGGAGAGGACUGGUGUGGAGCUUUUGUGAGGGGAGAGGCUUUGCCCGCAGUCCUGCAGGCAGUGCAGAUGAAAGUGGAUGCAAAAGAAGCGCCUCUGCUCUCCUGCCUCAUGCACCACACAGCAGAGCGAGCUCUUCCUGAAGACCAUCUUUCAUCGUGCUGGUCUGUAAGGAACUGCCAGUCACGCAUCUAGCGGCAGCGGUGUCCACAGCCAGAAUGCUUGCAUGUUAGCAAGUUUGCUGAAGUGUACAUUGCUGAGUCUAUCUCGGCACACACUGCUCGAUCUUACACAGACAAUGCUUCCAAAGACUGUAUGAUAAUUCCUGGUGGCCAAAGGAGGAGACCGAUUGAGGCUUGUACAGAAGGGGAACGAGAACAGGAGGGCAAGAGCUUCCUACUGCCCCUCUGGCAGAGGUACCAAGUGUGUGGCCUAUCUGCGACACAAGCGAAGUACUAGUUUUCAGAAAGCAAGCGAGACCAAGAGCCACCCCGAAGCCCUUGGAGCCCAGGAGGAAGAGGAGCAGCGCCAGCAUGGAUAAGGACAGCACAAACCUGGCUGACCAGCAGUAUGAAUGUGUGGCUGAGAUCGGGGAAGGAGCCUACGGGAAGGUGUUCAAAGCCCGAGACCUGAAGAAUGGAGGUCGCUUUGUUGCGCUGAAGCGAGUACGGGUGCAGACCAGUGAAGAGGGGAUGCCGCUGUCCACUAUCCGAGAGGUGGCAGUUUUGAGGCACCUGGAGACGUUCGAGCACCCCAACGUGGUCAGACUGUUUGAUGUGUGCACCGUGUCACGAACAGACAGAGAGACCAAGUUAACAUUAGUGUUUGAACACGUGGAUCAAGACUUGACUACUUACUUGAAUAAAGUUCCAGAGCCUGGAGUGCCUACUGAAACUAUAAAGGAUAUGAUGCUUCAACUGUUUCGGGGACUGGAUUUUCUGCAUUCACAUCGUGUUGUGCAUCGGGACCUGAAACCCCAAAAUAUCCUUGUGACAAGCAAUGGGCAGAUAAAGUUAGCUGACUUCGGCCUUGCACGGAUCUACAGUUUUCAGAUGGCUCUUACCUCAGUUGUUGUUACUUUGUGGUAUAGAGCUCCUGAAGUUUUGCUUCAGUCCAGCUAUGCAACACCAGUGGAUCUUUGGAGUGUUGGCUGCAUAUUUGCAGAAAUGUUCCGUCGAAAACCGCUCUUCCGUGGAAAUUCAGACGUUGAUCAGCUAGGAAAAAUCUUUGAUGUAAUUGGACUCCCAGAAGAAGAGGACUGGCCUAAUGACAUUGCCCUUCCAAGAAAUGCUUUCACUUCCAGACCUGCACAACCUAUUGAAAAAUUUGUACCAGAUAUUGACGAACUGGGCAAAGACUUGCUUCUUAAAUGCUUAGCGUUCAAUCCAGCCAAGAGAAUGUCUGCUUACGUUGCCCUCUCUCACCCGUAUUUCCAUGAUCUGGAGAAAUGCAAGGAGAAUCUGGACUCUCACAUGUCAUCCAGCCAAAACUCCAGUGAGGUGAAUGCAUCUUAAUGCUGACUGAAGAUGAACCGUAAAUGAACAAGACGUGUAGCUGACAAGGCCACUGUCCCAUACAAACCACAUAGCUGUUCUAGCGAAGAUCCUUAUUUGGAGGUUUUAUGCACUUAUCUUUUAUUUUGGGAUUGUGAUGUGCUUAUCCAAGGAAUUCAAUCUAGUUUACUUUCAUCAGAGCAACACAAAGGCCAGGGCUUUGACCUGCUCCCAUUGCAGCUUUAUGUUUGUUUUGUUCUUGUUUUGUUUAUCUACCUGGGAGAACUCCAGACAAAGAGAAGCUGCUGACCGGUUUUGCUGCCAUUUUAUCCUUUUAAUAUUGAAUGCUGCCAGUGUGGAGUAGGAUGAUCAAGUCACUGCCAAAACAUGAUGCAAUCUCUCUCUCUCUAGCUGCUGAAGCAUGAUUUGGUACUUUUUUUAAUUAUUAUUAUUAUUAUUAUUAUGAUUAUUAUUGUGAUGAUGAUGAUGUGAUCUUUUACAGUGAUACUUAAAGAAUGGCAUUGAAAUAUCAGAUCUCUGCAACCUGCAGUUAGCUGAUACACGCAUUAAUACAUCCAGCUACUGUUCUUUUAUAGCAUAUAUGCAGGUGCUUCCCCACUUGUAAACUUGGAUGGAUUAUUUUAUCAUUUCAUUGCUCUAUAAAAAUAACAAUGAUGAUGGUGAUCAUAAUAAAUGUCUCAAAAUUUAGGUUUUUUCAUACACAAACGAGUUAUUAUCUAGCUACGUUUAUAUGCAUGUUGCAACAAACAAGUGUUUUAAAAAACUUCUAGAGUCCUUUUCUUAAAGACUCUUUCAGUUUGUGCUGAAAUCCAGACACAUUUUAGCCCAUCAUCUAACCCAUCAUUUCCCCACUGGAAACAGCUGCAAGCAUAUUUUCUUUAUCUCAUUCCAAUUUUUCUGAUAUGCAGCUUGAAAGACAUGAGCAGAGCCAAUGCAAAUCAAUACAGAUUUUCACCUUCAUCCUGUUUUAUUAUCAACCAAAAAGGAAAAUAGAAAAAAUACUUCCAGUUCAGAAGCAGAGAAUCCUAUACCUGUAAUAAGCACAGAUACAUAUUUGUGCUGAAUUGUAUGCUGUAUACUGCGCUGCCUUACCUGAAACACCCCCUGCCCCUCCAUGCAUCACAAAUGCAUGAACAUUACUGUCUCAAAAUCCCUCAGACGUCAUUUAUUAAGCAGAUUUGUUUUCUAUGCAGAAAUGCAUGAGCUUCUCUCCUAAACCACCAUGUGGGUAUACGGGCACAUGCUUCUUCACUAGGGUUAAUGUGCCGUUAUUGAAUGUCAAAAUAAUUAACCAAUUCACACACCUUUAUAGCACAGUUAUUUUAAAUAUUAGAUUAAAAUUUUAUAUUUAGUAUUUUUACCUUAACUAAAAUAUAUUUUCAGUAUUUUUAAAAGAAGCUUUUAUUUUUUUAAUACUGUACUUGGAAAAAAAAAGAAAUAUUUUUAAUCCAUAAAAGCUGUUCCCUAGCAUGACUUUAAUGCAUUUACCUGGAUAUGACUUGGGGGAAAGUAUUGGUCCAACGAGUUAGGCCUUACCAUAAAACCAUAAAUAUACACUAUUGCAGUAUAGCUGAUGAUAAGUGAGGCAGCUAGCUUUGUUUGCUCCUGUGAUAGUCCCUUAGGCUUCUCUCUUCCUCGUCUCUAUUUCAUGUUGUCUAGCUUGUGAGCCAGCAGUAUAUGCUCAUUCCCAGCAUGCUUGGCAGAAGCAGGGCCUUAGCAAUGAGUUGAGCAAUGUAAUUUUUCCAGCUGUGGCAUGGGAACUUGUAGCCGUCUCCCUGGCAGGCUUCUCAGUCCUGUGAUAGACUGGCUGUUGUGGCAAACUUCACUGUUAGCUCUGUUUCAGGUAUCUGCACUGUCUGGGACAUGGUCCAUUGCUAGGAUAGCGAGUGGAUCUUAUCUGUCUCUUGGAUAAAGCUUUUUGUUACUGUUAGACACAUAAGUAUGCAACGUAUGGUUAAAUUAGGUCUGUUUCAAAUAAGCCAGAUUUUCAAAGGACCACUUGCAUGCAUGCAUGCAGUGGCCUGCGCUUUUCUUCAUGCCCAGAGUGAUGCCUAUGCAAAACCAACCAGCAUGAACAGGCAAGCUGCAAAUUAGACCUGGCAAGAGCAUGCACGAGGCAUCUGCAGAUACAGAGAUACUACAGAUGCAUAACACAAGAAUUUUGAAAGCUCUAUGGGCGGCAAGCUGAAGGCCAGGGAGAAGUCACGGCAGCUAAGCCUCCAAUCUUGGCCUUGCCUGUGUUCCUACAUCCAAAGGGAACUGUGAACCCAUUGCACCAGUGUUGCCCCAGCCCUAUUCCUCCAUGGGUCAGUGGACCCGAGUGUGAGUAGGCUUUAACAUUCAUAGAAGAGGAUGGGCCAGAAUGAAGGGUUUUUUGCUAACCUUUUUUAAACACUAAUUAGAACAAUAAACAGCGCCAAAAUUCAGGAGGAUCUUGUUAACAGUAACAAUGAAAAAAAAUUUCUAUGCAGGUCAGCACUUUUUAAAAAUUUCACAUUUUACCUAGUGAUGAGCUAUCAUACAUACUUCACCAGGGCAUUCGGCUGGUGUGGCUUUCCAGUAGCUGUCAGGGAACUCUCCCAGAGCUCUCCAACAAUUAAGAUAGGGUGAAAAUGUAGGGGAGGAGAAGGUAUUUUCAAAUUAGACUGAAAACUCUCAGCUAGAAAUGUGCGUCAUGUUAGAAGAGCUCGUUGUAUUAAGCUUAGUGAAGGAAAGGCUAGAAGGUAAUAUGAUUGCUGAAUGUAGGACAUUAUUAGGGUAGAAGAAAAAGGGAGUCAAGGGAACACUUUCAGCUAAAGGCUAGUGUUGGCCCAAAAUCUAAUGAGAAUAUACAAAUCACGUGUUAACUACUGGAGCAGUGUUUCCCAAUCAACAGUAUCAAAGGAAGAGCUCAGAAAGCGACAGAGAAAAGAAGGGGCUGGCUUACAGAAUCAGAAGCAGAGCUUCUGCAGCGUGGUGCUGUAUGUUGUCUAAUACAGGAUCAGGUUAUAAAUGGGGGUAUUCAGAAGAACAGCUUGAGGAGGACUGUUUAGUCGUCACAUUCUGAAACAUCCUUCCAGUGGGAAUGGCAGGAACAAAAAAAGAAAUCUAAGUUCUGUCUUAACAGGGUUAGGGAAAUUAUUUAUCUAAUGGGAUCCUUGUGGUGACAAGGGCCUAGAUUCAAAGGACCAAUGACUUUUCAAAUUACCUCCUUUUCAAAAUCUCUUUAGGAAGAAAUUCCAUUUGACACGCUAUAGGCUUUCUCUUAUUCCAGUCUUCUCUGCCAAACCGUGGGGCUUCACUUACACUACUAAACUGAGAAAGCCUGUUUUCUGGCUGGGCAAAGUGCUGGCGCUGGCUAAAAUCGUGCCAGGAAUCAUGCAGAUAAUUAGACAGUACAGACAACUGUGGGACUGUGCUCGAGCCCAUGCCCUUGCUCUUUUUAUUUCACUGGUCUAGCGCGAGUAUUUCAGUGCCUUUACUCAUUACUGCCGUAUGCGUAGGAUGUAGGAAUUGUAUAUGUGAAAAAGAAAGUGCUCCUUCACACGCAUGUUCCAGACUGUAAUGAAAACUCUUCACAGACCCUUUAAAUAAGACUCCAGAGCGCAAUUCUUCUUAGCAAUAACUAUGCAUGUAUGUGUUCUACAGGAGCAGUUCAACAGCAGCUGAAAACCUCUGAAUAACAAAAAAUAUAUUAAAAAUAAAUGUAGCUAUUCAGCUCCUAGAGCACCCACAACCAGGCACUGUGCUCUUCUCAGCAGAGAACACGGUGUUCUAAGUAAUGGAAGGAGCAAAUUCUGUCUCCCACCAACCUUUUUUUUAUCACCACUACGUAAUUCUGCAGGAAAAACAGACCCAAUAGCCAAGGAGAAAAAUCAGCCAAGCCAGCUAGUGAAGUGCUAAUUGCUGAAUCAUAGCAAUCCAUUUGGAGCAGUCCUUUUUUCUCUUCAUCCUGUCUCCACACUCACUCUAGCUCUCCAGUUCUUCUUCUUAAGCUCCCUCAUGGAAACAGGUUUCAGUGAUGCUCACAGGUGCUAUUUCAAACAAGAUUCUUCCAGAUUUUCAAUAGCUACACAGUGUAGGUGCCCCCUACAUCCCUAUUACCGAGUGUUGCUUCUUGUAGUCUGGCAGCCCAGAACCAAUGAUUAAAAAAUAAUUUCUUUGUGCACCUCAUUCCUUAGCCUUAGUUUUGCAUACACCUAUGUUGCCUUCUGUGUGCCAAGUAAAAUUCUAAAAAUAGCCUCCAGGGGUUUUUUUCAGCCUAUUACUCCACAAUGGCAAAUGUUAGAGUACCUUUCACUGUUGUUCCUGUCCUAAAACACACCAAAAAAAUGAGGAUUGCAUGUUUGCAAAAUACUGAAAUUUGGUGCUAUGUGUAUAGAGCCUUUCACAUCAAAGGAAGCAGUAGGCUGUAGCAUUUGAGCAUGUUCUGCAUGGGAGAUGGUAUCCAGCAUCGUAACUCUUAUGUGGUUUUUACACUCAUAAGAAGAAAAUACCAUGCCAUACUACUUUUUACAGGUUCACUCACUGACUUUGAGGAGCAUGUUUUAUUAUACAUGUGAUUCUCUCUGCUGUUAGGUAUUAAGCUAACUUUAAUGUGGAAAAUAAAGAGAAAACAUGCUGGUUUGGUCUUUUAGCCAACAAACUUGGAGCACUUCUCUGACUCACAACUGAAAACACAUCAGUUGUCAAAUAUGUAUAUGAAUCAUAAACCACAUAGUUUAGUUUAAAGACCACGUAAAUUAACUAUGUUAAUGUAUAAGAUGCAGUUGAAUAAUGAGGAAGUUUAUUCUAAGAACUCUGUUUUACAGAACCACUUCUCUAGUAUUUUUCAUAUGCAAUAGUUUCAGGAAUAGAUUGAUUUUUAUCUACAAUGUGAAUUAGAAGAUACUAGGCUAUUAGAGUGAUUUUAUUGUGUGAUGCUUGAAGCUUGAAUUGCUCACACACUUAGGAACCUAACGUAUUUAUUUUAUUGCUACAAAACUGCUUCUAAAUAUCAAGAUCUUUUUUUAUGUUAAUAGGAUUUCACACUCUCUUAAUGUGUAAAUUAUUUUCUUGAAAUUAGUAUAUUAGAAAAAAACAUUUCUCCAGACUGCAGCAAUGUAGGAAAAUUCAAGAAAUGUAUUUUUACUUUCACAGAGAACAAUAACAUGUAUACUGAAAUCUUCAGUAACUGACUGUCAAUAAGCUAUCACUUUUGCUUCUUUUUCAUUACCAAGUAUUGCAGUAUACAGAUUGCUUAAAGGUUCAGAAACAGUGUCUAGAAAACUAAAUGGGAUUUUAUGUGUUUAAUCUUCCAGGUUUCAUUUUCAUAUCUGGGGGUGGGGGUGGUGGAUGGUCCAAGUACAGUUCAGGUGUGCAAAAACACAAUUACAGAAUUAACAGUCUAACCAUCUGUACAAUUCAAACAGGAGCUUUAUUUUUGAGCUGUUUAUUUUAUUACAUCCCUUUGUUUUGGAAAUUGUUAGGUAGUGGCUGUAACAUAAUUCUGGUUUCUGGACCAGGCUAGAGCAUCAAAUGCCAAUAAUUUAGGUAAAGCAAUAAGAAGCUUUCUUAUCAUUUUAAAUAAACUAGGCCAUUAAAAGAAGGAAGAUAUGGACAUGUGAACUGACAAAUAUACUUUUACCAAGGGUUAUUUCUUCCCUUUAGUUUGAUGCUUAGCAAGUAUUGCAUACUGAUAUGCACUAUAUACACUAUUGUGGUAUAUUAGAACCAUAGAAAACACUUCGGCAUAGUGUGCACAGAUAAUAGAAAUGGCUCAUUAGGUUCUUGUAGAACCCAGCUAAAAACCAUUCUUUAGCUGUAACACUCAGAAUUUUGAAACUGAUAUAUUUUUCCAUUUUAAAAUGUUCCUGAAAAUUUUUGUAUACUUUUUUAAUUCAUACAGUGAUAGGCACCCAAACAGAACUGAAUCAAACAGACACUUCUCAAAAAUGAUUCUGCAAGGCCAAGUAGAUACCAUCAGUUCUCUAUGUGUUCAGCGGAAGCUGAAAUUACCCAGCACCAUGCUUAAAUGCUUUUAAAAGCAGAAAAGCCCAAGGCUGCUGUGAGUAAAGUUAGUGGAAAUUUUGCUUUGACUUACAUAAAGUCCUUUGAGAGCCUCUGCAAUAUUCUGAUUUCCAGCCUUCAUUGAAAGACUGUGCAAAACAGCUAAGAUAAACCAAAACUCCCUAACCAUAUGGCAUAUUUUCCUUCAGAUUAAAUGUUUUAUCUGUGUUAGAAUAUAUUAGUGGGCUUCUUCCAGCCCAACGUCAGUGAGAGAUUCUGCUAUGGAUAUUUUGAUACUGGGUGAUUGUGGUAGAGUAGGGUUGUUUUUUUUUUCAAAAAAGAUCAGACAAACGCUAUUGCCUUCUUUUUAAAACAACAAACUCUAAGGAACUAUUGGGAAAAUACUGUUGGGAUAAGUGAAAAGGAGGGUAUUUAUAACAUGAAAAAAUGUAAAUACAAACAAUGUGUGUUAAAAGUGCAUUGAAACAGAUACUUUUUCACUGACCUUGCAAAGUUCACAGGGUUUUAUGGAAGAAAAGCACCCAAGUAUGAACUUACUCUAACUGCCAUUUUAAUGUUCAUUUGCACUAAAGCAACCUAUACUGUUUGGCUAAAAAGAGGAGGGAAAACAGGUGAUGUUUAACUUGUGAUUUACUUUAGUGAUGUCUACAUGGAUACGCUGGAAAGCUGUCAAGCUAGCUGUCCAUUUUUGAGCAAACUAAAUUUGCAUCUGCAUUAUUUAGCUUUCCGUAUUUGCACCUUAAACCCAUCCACAUGCCAGAAAAAAACACAUUUUCUAAUAUUUAAAUGGAUACUUGCUCCCAUUGACAUGCUCACUUUAAACCCAGCCAAAGAGCACUGUCUCUGCCACUGAAUGGAAAAUGAAUUUUCAUACUGUCAGGUUCCUUCAUGCCAUUACUUCUGCAGAGUUUGUAAUCAACUUUCUACAAUAUGCAGCCUUUAUGUUUCAUAUGUAUGUCAUGUUGUGCAAAUCCUCAGCCUUUUCUUGAAUGUUAGGAUCAAUUUUGAGGAGCUAGGUGAGGGGGGAAAGUUGUGAAGUGCUGAAAAGACAGGGAAAAUGGGCAGAGAUUUGGAGAGUGCAGGACAACUUUGGCAAGUGAAUUUGAGUAUGUGGAAAAGUUACGUAUAAGUGUAGGGGGAAGACUUUUUUUCCACGUGUUUUGUUUUCUCUUGUCAGUUUCAUAAGCAUAAGAUGAUAAAGCAAGACUCUUGCAUAGGAUUUUAGUUCCAGAUACUUAUUAUGCCAACUCAAGUCAUGAGUUCCAGUGCAGUUUUUCAACAUAGCAACAGCUCUAUUUUUUAAAUCAGAUUUUGCAGAAGCUAGAAGUUUUUCUGUGUAGAUACUUUAAAAAAGUCUUACAAGACAGCUUGAGAGCAAUUAAGCUGGCCACACAGCCACUGCCUUUAGUUCAUCUGCAGACAUAGGAGAGUCACUAACAGCGUCCAUUAGUGUGCCGUAUCAUCAUGCAUUGGGAGCUGACUCCUGCCACAAAUGGAAAAUCCUUUGGCAAUCCAAAACAGCAUGUUUUUGAGCACCUGGAUUUUGAUAAGAUUAUCCGCAUGCAAGUUUUGCUGGAUUUGUCCGGGUGGUUCACCAUCUUACAGGAGCAAGUCUGAGACCCUAGCAAAUCUGCCUGACACCCAGUAUAAUACUGCAGAAACCAUCUGCCAUGGAAAAAAAAAAGUCUGUUUGUAGGUUGUACAGCAGGAAUGGAGCUUUCUGAGCUGCAGUGCCAAUCUGAGAGCUACCAUUAAUUAUUGUGAUGCCACAAUACACGCAUAUUCCAAAAUUACAGAAUAUACGGCCUGUUUGCCAUUUUGUUGUGUUUAGUCCACGUGUGUGGGUGGCUGGGUAAGUGUUGGCACAGAGCGGCUAAUUUUGGUCCUUCCAUUAGGCGUGAGCAUCUAGGCUUGGCGCAGAGGCAAAUUUCACAGUUCCAGGGAUUGGAAGCCUCUAAUUCUACACAGUAGUUCUCUGGCAUUUGUUAAAUACAUACAGUGACAGAUCACCCAGCCACUCAAGCUGUCCUUUCCUUAUCCCAGAUCAUCCUACUGUGACACUGUGAAAGAAGCCCUGGGGAGUCCCCUCCUCAACAGUCCUUCAGCAGCCCGCUUCCUCCCACUGCAGUGACACUUAAUUACCUGUCACUUGUAUCUGACCCUGCUGAUACUUCCACAGAGACUUAAGAAGCUGUGAGCAAAAUUGCUACCUUGUGAUUCUGCAGCCCCCCAAGUCUGCAGGCAGCCAGUGAUUUAUACUAUAGUUUUUCCUUGCUUCUCAUUAGGAACUGUAGAGUAUGGCAAGGUGUGUGCUACUUUGACAUUUUUUGGUUCAAGUGAAGAGAUGAGCUAGAAUAAAUUACAUUGAACAUAAUGUGUUUGAUCAGCCAAAACAAUUUUUGAUUCAGAAGAUUAUUUACUAAGGAUCAAAGAUCCCUGGACAACUGUCUGCGAUGUAGUACAUGUUUACAAGAGCAGCCAGUGACGUUUCUGUUAUGAAGGCAAACACAACUAGCAAUGCCAGCCUCCUACUGCUUACCCCCUUCUCUUCCCCUUCCCCAAGACCACUAUUCCCAGGGAGAGAUUUCCUCCCAGCAUGAGGCAGAGCAACCAUAUAACAAUUCUUCCUUAUAUGAAAGUCCCCAUUUCUCAAGACAACUUGGGCACAUGUAGGCAAUCAAGCUCAUUCCUUUGCUUUUUGCUAUGGCAGUUUUGAGUACAGGGCCCUGCCACAAGGACCUUAACCCCCAAUAUAUUCUCCCAAGGAAAAGUCUUUCUAGAAUCUAGAGGGGACAGUAUGCUUACUGUUUCUAUGACAGUUGACUGUUUUGCAUUUUAAACAGCAGCGUUGUCAGAAGUGCCCUAAGAAAGCUCUCUGAUGACUGAAUUCUGGACAUGCUGUGGGAAAAGACAAGAUGUUUUAUUCCAGGUGGAUGAUGAUGUAUCUCAAUCAUUCUUCAUUGGUGAUAGAAAAAAAUCCCACACAGUUCAAAAUAUAGCCUGGGUCUGCAGAGUGCUAAGUAAAUAAGAAGUGCUUCUCAAUCUUUUUCCCAGCAAAACCCAAAAUCCAUCGUGAUUUCUUGCAGGGACUUUAUCUUGGAGUCCUUUGCAACAAAGGUGGCUGUAACUGUGUUGCAACUACAACAAAAAGUACAUCAAAAACUGGAUGCUGGCAAGAAGUUUGUGGAUAUAAGGCUGUGCAAGGUGACUUACAUAAGCUCAGCAGGGAUGCGCUCAUCUGAAAGUUUUUGCCAUGAACAUUUUGAACUGAAGUUACCUAUCAUAACAUGAUAGAAGGACUGCAGUGUCGUGAAAUUAAAAGGCUGAAGGGAUUGCAAAGAUGGAUCCAUCCUUUCCUUUUUCUCCUUAGGUGUCUAGCAACCAGUGGUUUUCCAGCUUCAUUUUGUUUUGAUUUGUUUGAUUUCAUCUCCACCACCACUGUUCACCUUCCUAUUGUGCAUAAGUUGAAUAGAAAAGAAUUAGUUUAGCAGCUCAAAACCAGAGCAGGCCAGCACUGUCUAAAAUUUCUGAUGGCUCUCUGGUGGUCAAUAUUAAGUGAACCAGUUGUCUCUGUUUAGAUUCCAACAAAUAGAAUUCGAUACCCAUGACACCUUCCUUGCAUUCAGCACUGUUAAAUAACAUUCUCCACAGUGUCCAAAACCUCUUUUCCUAGAGACUGAACUCCCCUCCUACAACCCACUUAGAGUCACAACAAUGUAGGCAAAAGUCUACAUUAUGGCGGUGCUUUUCAGUAAGAAAUGAGAGCUGGUUCCAAUUGAAACAGUGCCUGAAAGAGUCUCGGGGAUUCUUAGCCAGGCAUCUUUCACAGGCAAGGCAGUCACUUCUGUUAAAGUGAGAAAUACAUUUUAAGAUACUUAAGAUAGAGAAAAUAUAAAGAUGCCAUUUAUUUUUCUGCUAGAAUCUAUUUUCUACAUAAAGCUGUAUGAUUUUGGCACUGAAACCAAGCCCACAGGCACCUGUUUAUUCUUUCCUUUCAGUCUUUAAUUUCUUUGUAAAUUCUUUUCGGCAUUCAUAUUAAUGUAUUUAUGGUCCGUUUCAUUCCAGUUCAUUUACGUGGUCUAUAUCUGCCAUUGAAUCUCAUAUGGGUUUUAUUUUUAAUGUAUUAUUUAGCUGCAUUGCUUUGAACAGCUUUAAAAGUAUAAUGUCUAUGAAUGCUCUAGUUAAAGAAAAAUUACAGCCUCAAAAUGAUGUCUUAGAAGUUGAACUAUACUUUGGAAAUGGUGUUUAUAUUAUAACUCUUGGAAGCAUCACAGGGUGCUUUCAUCUGUAUGUCUUCUACUUUCUGUGUAACAGUGUGUAUUUGUAUUUCCUCACUAGCUUGAUACUCUUCAGUCUGAAGGCCUCAGUAUGCAAGCACAUGAAUACCGUACCUCACCUGAGCAGUCCCACAGAGCUGAGAGGGGUUACUCAUGUGACUAUAGUUGCUCACAAAGGUAUUUGCAGAAAAAGGCUUUCCUUUAGUAAUUGACUGUAGUUGUGAGGACACAUGGUUAAUAACAGCACCAGGACACCAGUAAAUGGUGUCAGUGUUUAUUGAAGAUGUGGGCACAUUUAUCUGCAAGUUAUUUGACAUUAACCUAAAUUAUUGCUAUUAUAAUUCAGUAUAUUAUUUCUUACGAAAACACACUAGUCCUGUGAGAGGGUAGUUGCCAAAAAACGUGUCGAGUCUUGCUGCUUUAUUGUUUAUUUGCAUUUAGUAUACAUUUUGGUUGUUGAAGUGAAGCUAGUUUCAUAGAGAGGCAGAAAGCUAGAUCAGUCAAAAAAAAUUAUAAGUAAGCUUCAUACUGUACAUUGAGUUUUGCAACUAGAGUAGUAUGUGUGUUCAGAUAUAGUAUUUUUUAUGCUUUAGGGUAUUUUUGUUUGUUUUAAUAUGUAAAGGAAUAAGCAGAUUACUUUGAAAUGCUAUUGUAGAGCUAAUUUUACACAUACUGGGGGAAUGUUGUCUGAAAAAUUAAAAAUAGAAAACAUUACAUAGGCUGCCAUUGGCUUGAUAUUGUUCAUAGCAGUCCAGCAGGUAUGUGUCGAUUCCAGUUGCUGAAGCCAGGGGCCAAGUUUGUGUGGCAUCUUGUAACUGAAGAAGGUUUUUUUCAAUGAUAAAGUUGCCCAUCUGGGCUUUAAGUAAGAUUGUUGGCUAAAGAAAAGCAUAGAGGCAGCGAAAUUCAGUAUUUUUUUUGUGUGUGCAUGGAAAAUUGCAUAAAAUAGGAUUGGGGUUUCAAAGUAUUUUAAAUCAUUUAGCAUAAUUUACUCUUGUUGUAAUUCCACCGACUACAGUUAAAUUAAACCAAGAAUUUGACCUUGUAAGUCUACAAAUUUCAGUGUCAGGCAGCUCAGGUCUAUAUAAAGGUAGUUAAGCUUAGUAAAUCAGCAAGAAUACUAUAUAAAUGGUAAUGUGUGAUAAAAAUCUUAACUCUAGUUACAUUAUUUCUCUCAAAAUUUCUAUUCGUUACUUUGUUAUACAAAAGUUCAGAAGUGCACUUCUUAGGGGCAUUGGGAUAUGUGGAGAAAAGCAUGAUGCAGGUAUAGUAAUGUAUCAGAAAUAAGAUUCAGUUCUUACUGCUCCAGACACUCCAUGUGUGCCUAUCUUACACGUCACAAAUCCCACUGCAGUUAACAGAAGACAUACGAAGUUAAGCCUGUUUGUAACUCUCACAGCAUACUGGUUUCAGAAUCUGCAAGAUGAGAUAUGUUCUCAAAAGGCAUUAUUAAAACUUGUGUUUUCAGGUUUACAGAAUACUAUGAACAGCAAGGACAGCUUCUAAGACACAUCCAGAGUAGCUUUGUUAAUUGAUACUACAUCAGACCAAUAUCCAUUGGCAAAUCAAAAUCCGUCUGGUACCUUUAUUUCUCAGUAUGGUUUUGCAAAAUAUAACACACAAAAAAAUUUCAGAAGGUUAAAACAGCCUGUAAUGCUGUUUGGGUUACUUUUUCUCUUUUUUCCCCCCUUUUUGUCAUAAAAUAUCAUGUGCUCUGGAGGUGUCUAGGAUUUGAUAAUUCAAGGAAAACAUGCAAAGCAGUGUCAAAUAUUUUUUUUGCAUUCACCUUAGGGCAUGAAAGCUGAUGAAAAUCAGCAUAGUCCUGUUGACUUCUACAGCAUUGUAUCAGCUUAUACCAGCAAAACAGCUGGCAUGUCAAGUUUUAUCAUUUCAAGUCACUUUACCUACUUACGCAGUGGGAUUUUAUUUUGCAAGAUGGAAAGUUACCUACGGUGCAGACUGUACUACCUAGAUACCAUUGAAUCCUAUUCACAGGACAUGAUUUCACUGUAUCACUUCAUACUUGAAAGUCAUGAUGUUCUUUUAAUCAGGGUACAAACAUGAAAAGGUGCAUGUGUUACUGUUUCUUUUAAAGGUGCAUCAUUUUGUUUAUUCUGUGUGCUUAAUAGUUAACUAUUCAGUGUUCUUCACAUUCUUCGCAUUCAGCAUUAAAAUCACCUAUGUGUGAAAUGCACUAUCACCUACAGGGGUACAGAAAGAUGUAAUAGUGAUUUCUUGAAUUGUUACUCACAUAUAAUGAUUUACCUUUUAGUCAUCAAUGUGACAUAAAGGGGCUACAACAUGCAAACUGUGGUAUAUAAAAGCAUUGCACCAUCACUGUACAUGAAAUCUUGCAGCCUCUCUCCCCUUCUUGCACAGCUGCCGAUUACCAUAUAUGCAUUGGAAAAAAGUAUGUUUCUGCUGUACAGAAAGGCUGGGAAGUAAUGCAAACAAUUUGGAAACUCUAGAGCUCCCUUUGCAAGCUUUCAAAGCCCUUUGAUCUAACUGCAUGCCUGCUCUGUGUCCCAAAUUUCACUCUACAGGGCUUUCUGCUUUAAGAACACCCUCAGCUGGGGCUACUUUACAUUGACUGCAUUGAAGUUCACCGGAGCAUGCACCUUACCAUAUAACAUAUUCUUUAGCUUUUACAAGUUUGUAAAGAUGGUUGACUGCAAAAAAUAAUCAUGUGUCAAUACAGAGAAAUUAAAUUAAGGCACACAGAAGGUUAUCAAUAUUGUAUUAUAUCAGAAUUACAGUCCUUUGGAACUGAACGUUUUGCUGCUGGCAGUGCAAGAAAAGCAAAGAUGUGUAUUUAUUGUUGGGUGCUGAUGGUUCAGUAUGAAAAUCAAUAUAAUAAAAAUUUUCACGGUCUCAAGUUCUUUUUAGUCAUUCCCAAAUUAUUGGAAAGUGAAAAGGCAAAAUAUUACUUUUGUAUUUAAAACUGCUUUCCUGAGGUUUACUUCACCUUUCUAGCUAUAUUUUUUCUUUUAUCUAAAAAUGUAAAAUAAAUACAAAUGCAGUAAGUAUUGUAUAUUAAAGACAGAAAAUUAGCAACA